CUCCCGCAGUUCUACAUCCUGCUCCAAGAGCUCGUUAAGACGUUCUACAUCGCCAGAAUCCAUAUCUUGUAGCGAUGAGGCCCGCAAAGUUAUUGUACUGAGAAGACCUUCAAGCGAGAUGGCUCUUUAAGCCACUGUGAAUAGCGCUCGUGACUGCUUUUGGUCACUUGCUCUCCUUCAUCCACCACCAACCUGAACCCCGUUCAUGACCUCCGAUGCUGAACUCACCAAAGUCAAGACACUACUUACUUCAGUUCGUGACGCGCCGGUGAAUACGGCGGACGGAGCAGAUGAUGUUCUUCAACCGAUAUAUUUAUAUUUGAUGAAAAUUCCACCAUCCGCAUCCGAUCAUACCUACCAUUGGUUCUGCAGUCGCGCUAACCAGCUCACCAUUGGCGCUGCUACAUUUUUACUAAGGCUCUUUGCAUACGACAGCCCUUUAGUGGAUGAUUGGAAAAAAAGGUUGAAGUCUUGUCUCUCAGGAUGUUGUCAGUGCAUUAAAGGGUUGGGGGAAGUGAAGGCUAGCUCUCGGACAACUUAUUUUGGCGCAUUCUCUGACGAUGUGAUCAGAGCAUUCUAUAGCAAUUUCGAUGACUGGGAACUAUCCGUGGUCAUAGAGGCCCUCGUACGUUCUGGAAUAGACUUGUCCAGCUCUAGAUUGGCUUCCCCGACACCUCAAAAAGUGCCACAACCUUUGUUAUACCACAUGGUCUCAAAUAUGCGCGUCUUUCGCGACCCCCGGGUCUUCUCCUUGAUUCGUGCAUGCCCACCCAUCUCAUCCUGGCCAUCGGAUCCGCCUCCCCCUGGCCUGUUUGUACUCGUAAUGGAUGAAUCCUCUGCUGUCAGACAGUGGGCGAAGGCGCAAAUCGUCAAAAGUACCCAGGUCCCAAUGUUAGAACACCAGUUUGUUGCGGGACACGAAUUGGCGCUGCAGGCGGUUAUCAAGGCUUUGACGCUGUCUCGUGAAGGCGAAGGGGUGACGACGGACAGUGCCUUACCGUACUCGUUCUCCUCCGACUCCCCCGAACUUUGGGCUGGAUUUAGCCAAAUCCUACGUCAUCUCCCGACAGAGGUCCUCGUGAAAUCAUCUGAAGGAAUGGGAUAUCGUAGAAUCGUAACGGGUCAUCUACACGACAUUGGGCGACAGUUUUCUGACAUCUUAAGGUGUCUACUCUUCUUGCUCAAGCGUUUAGGCAAUCAGUUAUGGCAAGGCGAGGGCCCAGAGUAUCCCCAAGUCGUUUUUGAUGCAAUCAAGGACAAUCCUUCCUUCUGCGAUAUGCUGCAGGGCCUCAAGUCGACAGACGAGAAACCAUGGUUCUUGUCAUGGUUCGGGGAGUAUCUUGCAACAAUACCCGAACCUGCCAUGUAUGGGGACAUUCUAGCAAGAAUCGUGGAUUUUCUAUGUGAGGAAUUACAGCACGAGCGUUUUCAGGAAGCACGUCCAGCGGUCAUGUAUUCAGCUGUCCGAUUACUAACCGCCCAGGUGCGGAAGAGUCAGUCGGAAGAGGCAUCGCCACGUCGCAUAGCAAUUUCAAGCGUACUCGACAUUCAUGCCGAGAUCUUCAUUUCGGUGGCUUUUGGUCGCUCUUACGCAAAUUCGCAGUGGAAAGAAGCUCGCAGCACUGCUCGUGAGCUCAUCACGAGUUCUUUGACUCAGGACGCCAAUGAAAUUGUCAAAUCUAUCACAACCUCCUGCGAGUUCUUGGCAGGACGCACAAAGGUGUUCCCCAUCUGUGUUAUCAGAGAACAAAUGUGGAAGAAGACGUAUGAAUCUCUACAGACAAAUGACGCAGAUGGCGCUGUCGCCAUCAUUGCUAUUGUUGCCCAGUUCUCUCACAUUGACUUCUUGAACAAAGUGGCAUACAAACCUGUUCUUUCGAGCCCGAAUGCCCAGGCAUUUGAUUCUAUCAAUCGAUUCCUCACUAAUUCACGAAGCGGAUUUCUUGAUGUAGUAUCCAAGUUGGCGAACUACAACCAGAGGUCAUUCGUUCUUGAUGUCCUGCGUCGGCCUGGGGUCGCACGUGAUGUUAUGGUCCUCAUGCUAUCUCCCAUUGAAGACCUCCAAGGCGCUGCGAAGACGCUUGUUGGUCAGGCAUUUGAUGUCGACAUUCGGGUCGAUUGCUUUCGUGCUCUUCUCUCCAAUCUCCCAGACUCUUCAUUUGAAGGCAUUUUCAGCUUCCUGGAGCGAUACGUUCACUAUGCGCCAAAGGUGCCGGAAGCCUGCAGUCUUUCCAAAUCGCUGGUGCAAUGUCUCACCGACGUCAUUGAAGUCUUGUGCUCCAGUCCAGAAGGACUGUUGCACAAUCACUCGUUCUUGCGGUCAAAAGACAAGGAAGGGCCUGCAGCACAAAUACCAAAACUGUGGAACUUCAUGACGCGGUCCAUGACCGUGAUAUUCAAACGCACGCACCUCUGGUCAGAGUACUUUGAAAUUCCAGACAUGACGGUUUGGAUGCGAGAUGCGCUUAUAUUCGGGAGAGAUCUGUUGGCACAGUGGAGAGUACUGGAGGCUGCCGGCGUCACUGCCACGAAUGAAUCAUCCUCAUUAUUGACUGGCAAAAUUCGAAAACUUUCCCGAAUGGGGAAGAACAUGAUGAGCGACCUGCAGCCAGUGCUUACAGAGCUAGCACGGUGGCUGCGGCUCUCUGAUGAAGAACUUCUCCAUCAGUCCUUUGCGCUGCUUCAGACGGUCCUCGAAUGUUUUCGGACAACCGAUGUCCCUCCAUCGGAUGCUUCUCUUGCCAAGCUGAACAAGCAUGUCGAGGAUUUCCGCAAGAAUAAGUCUGGCGCUUCAAAGACAAAACUUGACGCAAGUCGAAUAGCCCAGUUGGAGGACGCACUGGCCUCAUUUGAGGAGGAGGAUGAGGUUGAAGUUGUUUCCGUUCGUCCGCCCCAGGCUCGACCCACCCAACCCCAUAAACCUCCACCACAGAAGGCACAAGCGGCAGCACGAAAGCCAAGUGAUGCCGUUCCCCGGAAACCUGCUGAGAAUGACCAACUCAAGCCCGACGUUAUGAAGGGCGCGUUUCCCAAGUACCAACGGCUAUCAACAAGUACGUCGACGAGCGCCAGUAAACCAACUCUCCCCCCAGCUCCUGCAUCAGAAUAUUCUAGUGAUUCCGAAUCCGAAUCCGAGGCUGAAGGCAUGCAUGGCGGUUUGGUUGCAUUGGGUAAAUUCCAGCGGUCACCAAAAGUCAAGAAGCCUACGGAAAGACGUCAAGUGAAGUUGUUGGACAUUCAAAACCAAGCCAAGAAUGCGACUAUGGAGCGCCUCCACCGUCGAGAAGAUGCUCGUCGUCGGGCGCUGCGUCUGAAGCCAAACACUGCCGGACUGCAUCGGACUCUCCUAUCUUGGAAUUAUGACCACGAUGGUCCUGACCCUCCCACCGUUGGCCAGAAAACGCCAUUGAUUCAUGUUCCCGACACCUUCCAGGACUAUCAGCACUAUCUCCGAGUCUUUGAGCCAUUGCUACUCCUAGAAUGUUGGUCACAAAUUGUUCAAUCCAAAGAAGAGGCACAAGGGGUGUACGACUGUAGAAUCACCUCCAAACAGUUCACCGAUGAUUUUGUGGACCUUGACGCAACUAUUUCGGAGCCUGUCCAGAAAGACUGGCGGCUGGGAGAGACGGAUGUCGUAUUGCUCCGGCAUCCCGAGGGUAAAAAGUCGAUCAUGAUGAAGGUUCAGAGUUUUAGGACCACUCCGCUUGGAUCGCAAAUGUGUCUCCGAUGCUUGAUGCAAUCCGCUAUGGGCGACAUAGGUUUGCAGAUCAACACUGUCUGGAGCCUGAAGAAGGUUUUCAGCUUGAGUACUCUUCACCGGGAGUAUGGCGCUCUUGUGGCAUUGCCCCACUACGAUCUCUUUCAAAUGAUAUUAACCCCGAAACUCUCUGCUAUGCCAACCAUUGAGCAACGCGAGGUACAGCACACCAUGACCGCAUACAAUGUCAACGAGCCACAAGCACGAGCGAUAAUUGGCUCUCUUAAGGUAGAUGGUUUUGUGCUUAUUCAAGGACCUCCCGGAACUGGAAAGACAUCAACUAUCUGUGGUCUCGUCGAAGCCUUUCUUCAAAAGCGUCCACGUGCGGUGACGUCCAUUCAUGUCGGGAAAACCGCAACCUCUUCGGAGCCCGUGAAGAAAAUACUACUCUGCGCACCCAGUAAUGCUGCUAUUAACGAAAUCGCCGGCCGUCUCAAAGAAGGAUACAGAGGCCCUCAACGGAAAGCAAGUUCGCUCAAAGUGGUCCGGGUCGGAACAGAAAAGGCGAUCGAUAUCAGCGUGAAAGAUAUUUCCCUCGACUCCUUGGUGGAACAAAAGCUCAAUGGCCAAACUCCCAACGAUACUUCCAAGGAUGCGCACGGCGAAAUCAACGUGCUACGAGGUGAGAUUGAGAAGGUCAAGCAGGUCAAGCAGCAGAAGUUGGAUGAGCUGGCUUCUGUUCGCGACAACAAUGCCCGGAUGGUGGUUCUAGAGGAAGAAAUCAAGAAACUCAAUUCACGACGGAUGACGCUGACACAGCAGUUUGACCGGUUGAAAGAUAAACAAAAGUCGGAUUAUAGGACGCUCGAUGCUCUACGGAGGCGCGUCAGGACCGAGGUUCUCCAAGAGGCAGAUGUUAUUUGUUGCACUCUGUCAGGUGCAGGGCAUGAAACGCUCGAACAACUUGAUUUCGAAAUGGUCAUCAUCGACGAAGCGGCCCAGUCCAUCGAGUUGAGCUCCCUGAUACCACUUAAGUUUCGUUGUCAAAGAUGCAUCAUGGUCGGUGAUCCGCAACAACUUCCCCCCACAGUUUUGUCUCAGGAGGCUUGCAAGUACCGUUAUAAUCAAUCGCUCUUCGUGCGCCUUCAGAAACACCGCCCGGAUGCCGUUCACCUCCUUAGCAUCCAAUAUCGCAUGCACCCCGAUAUUAGCCGUCUUCCUAGCAGGGUCUUCUACCAGGGCCGACUCUUGGAUGGUCCCGACAUGGAUGUCAAAACAAAGCAGCCGUGGCAUUCGCAUCCUAAAUUUGGUACAUAUAGAUUCUUCAACGUUAACCAGGGACAAGAAGUCUCCACAACCGGGCAUUCUCUAAAGAACACUACGGAGAGCCAAGUUGCCCUCGCCUUAUAUGCACGCUUGUGUAAGGAGUUUUCUGACGUAGACUUUGACUUCCGCGUUGGCAUCGUUUCCAUGUACCGCGGUCAAGUCUUAGAGCUUCAGCGAGCUUUCGAACAACGAUUUGGGAGAGAUAUCAAGGGCAAGGUACACUUCCACACUGUCGAUGGAUUCCAGGGACAAGAAAAGGAUGUUAUCAUCCUUUCUUGUGUUCGUGCUGGUCCCGGGGUGCAAUCUGUUGGUUUCCUGUCGGACGUUCGGAGAAUGAAUGUCGCUAUGACUCGUGCACGUUCAUCUCUCUUCAUUCUGGGCCAUGCGCCUACACUCGAGCGAAGCGACGAGAGCUGGCGCAAAGUUGUACAGGACGCUCGUGAAAGGUCAUUACUUGCAGAGGCGGAUGUUAACUUUUUCACCACCCAAACUAUGAACCCCUCGGUUCGCCGGCCUCCAUCACCACCGAAACCCAAGAAGCAGCCAGCCGCGACUUUGCCACCUAAACCAGAUGAUUUGGUCACUCCUAAGGGCUUUGCUGAGUCUAGUCGUCGACCUCCCCCUUCAAAACCUUCCCAGACGAUUGAGGAGCAACCGUCGAUGAAAGACCCUCCUGCAGACCUGGCUAUUCCUAGGGAUGUCGGACAGAAGCGUCGUUUGGUUGAAGGUGGCGAACCUUCCACCUCUAGAGCACAGGAAGCCAGGACAAUUCAACCACCCCAAAAGCGUUUUAAGAAGGAGAAAGGUAGCAUCUUUAUACCCAAAAAGAACAAGCCUGGGAAGUCAUAGGCGAUCACUUGUUCCGGAUAUCGUUAUUCAAAUAUACGUCGCCCGCACUUAUUACUAGACCACAUUGCAUACAUAUUGAAUAGCACAAUUGUAUAUUAAUCACACCUUCACGGGAGGCAGCUCCCACUGAUCAGGCCCAAACCGCGGUAUAGACAUCAUCACACCCGCAUUGUUUCUCGAAGGUUUGGAAAAAGUGCACAUACUCUGUUUUCCAAGACUCGAUAGCCAUGCAGGAUUUAUGACCGUUAGUCCUUCAUGUUUGUCAGCAUCUAUUAGA